CCUAACAAACAUGCUUUCUUGCACUGAUUGCUAACAGAAAGUUGGCUUUAAAUCACCUAUCAUAGCACUAUCCUAACGUCAAGGCAAUCCAAAAGGGAAGAGUUAAAAUGCAAAUUUUAGUUCAGAUGUCAUCAAAGGCUCAUAGUUAAACUUCCCCGCUGCAUGUGGAUGUACAGGUUAUUUGCUAAGGUCAAUUUGUCAGUCUGCAGCUAAAUUUUGCCAGCUGUUUCAGCUCCAAACACAGAAGCAACAAUUGGUAACGUGCCAGCUAAGCAGACUGUAGCAAUGACUCUGUUGCACACUCAUCGGUACCUCACUGGCUUGCUCCUUUGGAUACUACAACUGGAGAACACCUUCGUGCUGGCCAAGUCUACUGAACUUCUGCAUCCUUCCAACAGUUCCACCACUGACCUCAUGCUUGGGCUUGGGAUUCCCAGACAUAGAAGAAAGCGUUAUAUUUCCGCAAGAGACAUGACUUCCCUAUUGGACUAUCACAACCAAGUCAGGUCUAAGGUGUUUCCACCAGCUGCUAAUAUGGAAUAUAUGGUAUGGGAUGAGAGAUUGGCAAAGUCUGCAGAAUCCUGGGCGAACCAAUGUAAAUGGGAUCACGGGCCCAAUCAACUCAUGCGAUUUAUAGGUCAGAAUCUCUCCAUUCAUUCGGGCAGAUAUCGCUCUAUCGUAGACCUCGUGAAGGCGUGGUAUGAUGAAAGACAGCACUAUUCCUUUCCUUAUCCUCGAGAGUGCAAUCCCAGCUGCCCCAGUAAAUGCAGUGGCUCAGUCUGCAGUCAUUACACCCAGAUGGUCUGGGCAUCUUCAAACAGAAUAGGUUGUGCCAUCAAUACCUGCUCCAAUAUUAAUGUCUGGGGAAGUACAUGGAGACAAGCUGUAUAUUUGGUGUGCAAUUAUUCAAUAAAGGGAAACUGGAUAGGCGAAGCACCGUAUAAGUUGGGAAGACCUUGCUCUGCUUGUCCGCCUAGUUAUGGAGGUGUCUGCAGCAAUAACAUGUGCUAUUCUGGAGUCAAAUCUAACACACUAAGCUGGUUUUAAUAUAUUUAAUACCGAGCAUUGACAGGAGAUAUUGUAUCAGAAAAGUAAAACCUGGAUGUUCUUUAUGUUCAAUACAAUGUAUUUGUUUCAUGUUGUUGCUGUUGUAUUUUUUGUGUUUGUUUUAAAGACAGAUGUGGGCCCCAAACUGCGUCAAAUUCUUGGUGUAUAUUUUGCUUAGGAGAAAUCAUGCUUGUUGUGUCCAUCGAAACAAAAAAGCAGUAUGUCUGCUUCCUGCACAUUGUCCCUAGGAAAGAAACAUAGAAACAUAGAAUGUGACGGCAGAUAAGAACCAUUCGGCCCAUCUAGU